AGAUUCCGUACACAAUGUCAUAAACACAUGAUCAUCCCCUAAUCGGAAAGGGAACUGUAUUUUCAACGUUUCUUGGUAUAUAGAAGGGUUCAGAAUGUAAGCAGUCAUUAAUGGUAUUACCUCAAACAACAUCAUAACUGACAAUGCCUGCCUCCGAUACUUAUGAGGUGAGACCUGAAGAGCACAAGCCCUCAGGGAAAGCAUUACAGUUUCGGCUGUUGCUAUGGAAGAAUUACUUAAUCCAAAAGCGAUCUGUAUUUCGAACUUUGCUGGAAAUUGGACUUCCAACACUAUUUGCUGUGAUCCUGAUUGGUAUUCGACAAAUAACAAAUGGAACCCCUAUCACGAAUACCACGUCAUGGCCGGUUUGUGAGUUUGAGCAAUUGCCACCCCACAAAGUGCCAUGGAGAAUUGCAUAUAGUCCAAACAAUCCCAUCAUGGAGAGAAUUAUGAAGUCUGUUGAACAGAGAAUUGGAGUUCGUGCAGAUGCGGCUUUUGCUACUGAAAAUGAGAUGGUCACCUUCCUCAUGUUUGAAAAUGUGACUGUCAACCACACAAGAGAUUACCUGGGCGGUGUUGUGUUCGGCAGAUUUCUUGAUAACUCUGGAGUUCUGGAGCUCCCAAACAAGAUAGAGUAUACAGUUCGUCUCAGUUCCUCCCCAAGGAAUGCUGGGAAACAGAAGUUCUCUUUGAACCCUGACAAGACUGACACGCGAUGGAAUACUCGGGCUAACUAUCCAGUGUUCCAGAGAGUUGGACCAAGGGAAAAGAAGGAUGUCUGUGGAGGCUCGCCAGGCUACCAAAGAGAGGGAUUCCUGACACUGCAGAAUGCCAUUAGCUAUGCUGUGUUUGAGGAACUCGCUCCAAAUGAAACCUCAGAGCUCAUCCAGAAGACCAAAAUGAGUGUACGCCGUUACCCCUACCCACCCUACAAUGAUGACCCGUUCGUCCUGGUGAUACAGAAACAGUUCCCACUCGUCCUGAUGUUGAGCUUCAUCAUCGUAGCUCUUAGUAUCGUCAAGGACGUCGUACAUGAGAAAGAGAGAAAACUCAAGGAGUCCAUGAAGAUGAUGGGUUUGAGCAACUGGCUGCACUGGAUGGCAUGGUUCAUCAAGUAUCUCCUCUUCUCCCUUAUCUCCAUCAUACUGAUGACCAUCUUCUUCUCCGUGCGUGUUGGACCCAAACAUGAGAACGUCAUCGGCAACACAGACCCAAUCAUCCUCUUCCUCUUCCUCACAAUCUACUGCAUCUCCGCCAUCUGCUUCUGCUUCGCUGUCAGUGUGUUCUUCAAGAAAGCUAACUCUGCUGCAGCAGCUGGAGGGAUCCUGUUCUUCUGCUCCUACAUCCCAUACUUCUUCAUCCAGAACCGGUACGACACCAUGACUUGGGGGGAGAAGAUAGCAGCCUGUCUUGACUUCCAAGUUGCCAUGGCAUUUGGCGGUCAGGUCAUUGGCAUGUUUGAAGGCAUAGGGUCGGGGGUCCAGUGGAGCAAUCUGCCUCAGGGUGUGUCAGUGGACGACAACUUUGCUCUGCUCCACAUAUUCUUGAUGAUGUUGUUUGACUCUGUCCUGUACUGUGUCAUCGCUUGGUAUGUGGAAGCCGUCUUCCCAGGAGAAUUUGGGGUGCCCCAGAAGUGGUACUUCUUCCUGACGCGGUCCUACUGGUGUGGUACGAAACAGCGAGAUGAUGUUGAUGAUAGCAAAGACUUGAACCCUGAACAGGACGAUGAAUACUUUGAGAAGGACCCAGUGGGAAUGAGGCCUGGCAUCAGUAUAAGGAACCUGAGCAAGGAGUUCGGCACAGGGGAAACUUGUAAGAAGGCUGUGUCUGGAAUGACCCUUGACAUGUAUGAAGGGCAGAUAACUGCCCUUCUCGGCCAUAACGGUGCAGGGAAGACCACCACAAUGUCAAUGCUUACGGGGUUCAUCCCUCCAACAGGGGGCACUGCCCGGGUCAACGGCUACGACAUCCGAGAGGACAUUGUCAGCGUCAGAAGCAGCCUCGGUCUCUGUCCUCAACAUGACAUCCUGUUUGACAGUCUCACGGUGGAGGAACAUCUCAUCUUCUUUGCCAAGCUUAAAGGUGUACCUUCAGCCAAGGUGGCAUCUGAAGUGGACCAGAUGUUGAACAGCGUCGGACUUCUGCCCAAGAGGAAGGCCCAGUCACGAACUUUGUCAGGUGGCCAGAAGAGGAAGCUGUCUGUGGGCAUAGCGCUCAUAGGUGGAUCUAAGGUGGUGAUCCUGGACGAGCCUUCUUCUGGCAUGGACCCAGAUGCUCGUCGGCACAUCUGGACCGUGCUGCAGAACAACAGGGCAGGCCGGACAAUGGUACUGACCACCCACUUCAUGGAUGAGGCAGAUCUCCUAGGUGACAGGAUUGCCAUCAUGGCGGAAGGAGUUGUCAAGUGUUGUGGUAGCUCCCUCUUCUUGAAGAAUAAAUACGGCGCUGGUUACCACAUGGUCAUAGUGAAGGAACCUCAGUGUGUGGUGGGGAAUAUCACGGCUCUUGUCACCAAGUACAUCCCUGAAGCCGAGCUGGAGAGCAACAUUGGUGCGGAGCUGUCUUACAUCCUGCCCCAGGAGAGCUCCCACAACCUCGAAGAGCUGUUCAGCCAGCUGCAGGAUGAGCAGAGGCAGCUGGGCAUCUCCAGCUUCGGGGCAUCAGUUACCACCAUGGAGGAGGUCUUCCUCAGAGUCGGAGAGAGCAGCGACAUCAAUCUCCGAGAGAGGUUGCAGAAAGGAGCUGUAAACCUGUCAGUCAUGAACAGCUCCGAGGUUGCAAAUGGAGGAGAUAACAUAGCAUUUGACAUGUCUUCGAACAACUCCAUCAACACACACCUAGAUUGUCAGUCAUACGAGCUUGAUACUCGCAACAGUGUCGUCAGUGCCAGCCAUCUAAGUCGGGAGCUGACACGCAACACUGGGAUCUUGCUGUACGUCCAGCAGUUCUGGGCCAUGUUCGUGAAGCGCUCACUACACACAUUCAGAAACAAACUUGUUACAUCGUCACAGCUGAUUGUGCCAUUAUUUUUCACGGUCAUGGCGCUCAUCGUCAUUAAAACCUUCCCAGGACCAACCGACUCACCAGCUCUCAAGCUCUCCAUUGACCAGUUCAAGAAAAACUAUGUUCCCUAUUCCACUGCAUUGAAUCCAAACGAGGCUUUGACCGAACUGGCUGAAGCUUAUUUGAAUCAGUUUGGAAAUUCAUCAUCAAUCUUGACCUACAUAAAUGACCUUCCAGGAUUUAAAAAUGACCCUGACUUGAUAAAAUAUCUGAGCAAGAAAGGAGGAGAAGGAAUUGGGAAUUAUAACAUUAGAUAUGUAAUUGCUGCAUCAUUUGAAGAAGGUACACAGGCAGACACCAACAGUGCAACGGCAUACUUCCAGAACCAAGCCUACCACAGCCCAGCCAUUGCUCUCGCAACCGUCGCAAGUGCCGUGCUUCAGUACAUCACCAACGACUCAUCUUACUCCAUGGAGGUGACGAACCAUCCUCUCCCAAGAACAGACAUGAAUAGGAUCAAUGAUGAACUCACCCAAGGUAUGGAAGGAUUUACCAUUGCAUUCAACGUCUGCUUCGGGAUGGCGUUUUUGGCCAGCAGUUUUGUCCUGUUCCUUGUCAAAGAGCGGAAUGUCAAGGCAAAACACAUCCAGUUUGUAAGUGGAGUCCAUGCUUUCAACUUCUGGGCUGCCACUUUCUGCUGGGACAUGUUCAACUAUUUAGUGCCUUGUGUUCUCCUCAUCAUCAGCUUUGCAGCAUUCCAGAUUGACGCAUACAUUGUGAACUUCCACUGGGCAGGCAUAUUGCUUCUGUUUGUGAUGUACGGAUGGGCCAUGCUGCCGUUCAUGUACCUGUUUUCAUUCAUAUUCUCGGUACCAGCUACAGCCUACGUCUGGAUCAGCAUGUUCAACAUACUCUCAGGAGUGGCUACAGUUCUGACAGUGGGUAUUCUGGCAAUCCCCCAGCUGGAGCUCGAGAACACGUCCCGGAUCCUUGAGUGGAUCUUCAUGUCUGUCCUGCCCAACUUCUGCCUGGGGCAGGGUCUGGAGGACUUUUACAGCAAUUAUGAGUUCCUCAAAUUAUGCGAGAAGUUUAAGGCUUUUUGCCCCAUUGCGCAUACGCUCCCAUGCUGUACAGGAUGUGUGGACUCCUGCUUGUAUAACAAUGAGAACUACUUUGGCUGGGAACAGAAUGGUAUUGGACGAAUGUUAGUCUUCCUCAGUUUACAAGGUGUGGUCUACUUCUGCCUUCUGUUUGCAAUCGAGCUCAACCUGUUCCAACGGAUCUUCUAUGCCAUUAGUACUAUAGGCUCUGAAAGCAGACACUCUUCAUUCCUUACGAGACAACUCAGCAAUACUGACAGUCGUAUACAGGAAGACUCUGAUGUCGCUACUGAACGUGCGCGAUUGGCCAACAAAUCUCUACAACAGCUGUUCCAGUCAGACAAGCUGCUGCUGCAGGAGGUGGUCAAGGACUAUGACAACCUUCGUGCCGUGGAUCACAUCUCUGUUGGGAUUCCUCAAGGCGAGUGUUUUGGCCUUCUUGGAGUGAAUGGUGCUGGGAAGACCACAACCUUCAAGAUGAUGACGGGGGACGAGCUCAUCACUGGUGGCAAUGCUUUCCUGGAUGGCUUCAGUGUCAAGACAAAUACCCAAGAGGUGCAGCAACGACUGGGAUACUGUCCACAGUUCGAUGCACUGAUUGGCCAACUGUCUGGGAGAGAGACAUUGACCCUGUAUGCGCGUCUCCGUGGUGUCAUUGAGAGAGAGAUUCCUGGCACCGUCAACAACCUCAUCAGCUCUCUGCUUCUGACAGACUAUGCUGAUAAACAAGCCCACACGUACAGUGGAGGGAACAAACGGAAGCUAAGCACUGCUAUUGCUUUAGUUGGCAACCCACCAAUCAUAUUUCUUGAUGAGCCAACUACAGGUAUGGACCCUGUUGCUAGGAGACUGUUGUGGGAUGCCUUGGCAACAGUAAGGGACAGUGGGAGGACGUUGGUACUCACAUCUCAUAGCAUGGAAGAGUGUGAAGCCUUGUGUACGAGAAUAGCCAUUAUGGUUAAUGGUCAGUUCAAAUGCCUGGGGAGCACACAACAUCUCAAGAACAAAUUCGGUGAAGGUUAUACCUUGAUGGUCAAGGUCGCUUAUCCUGAAGGUGACCUUGAACCUGACCUUGAACCUUUAAGGGCCUUCAUCGAGGGUCAAUUCCCAGGAAGCAUUCUCAAGGACAUUCAUCAGUGCAUGUUGCAUUAUCACAUAACUGACACACGUUUCACGUGGUCCCAACUCUUUGGGACAAUGGAACGAGCCAAAGACAAGUACCACAUCGAGGACUACCUGGUUGGGCAGACUACACUGGAACAAGUGUUUAUCAACUUUGCCAGGUCACAAAGAGCACCAAAUGAUGCAGUGAAAGGAUGUUUGUCUUGGUGUUGUUGAUAACGUUGGACAUAGAUAUCAGAGUAAUAAGUCACAAACUAUUUUUCAUUUUGAAACAAAGAAUUGUUCAGGUUACCAUGACUACACAAUUGUUGACAUUUAUGUCUGUUCUUCAACCUGUGGGUAAUGUAGUACAGGUUAGACAAUUGUUACUAAUAUAUUUUAGAAAUAGUUUUACAUAGUUGUUUUCAUUUGUUUGAAAAAGAAAUGCAUUGUAAUAACUAUUUUGUUGGAAUAGUUUUUUAGCAUUCCAAGGCAAGAAAUGUUGUAUUUUUGUUAUCUCAAAACAUUUAAUUACAAAAAACAAUCUAUAUAUCUUACCUAUGUUUGGGAUCUCAGGCAUUUAUUUGCUGAAAAUAUAUAAUCAAAUUCCCAAAAGUUUGUUUUACAAUUUGGACCCUUCUGAUUGCUACAUACAGGGUAGAGCACUCAGUGUUUAAAACUGUGGGUUUCCAGUUGGAGUUGUUUCCCUUUACUCCAGAAAAUGUCUGCAAUGUGCUGUUCUUUUUAGUUGUUGUAAAUGCUUGUCAGACAUGGUGGUGUGUUCAACAAAAGUCAUGUCCAGCCAAACACUGUUGUGUCAAAGAGACCUUCGCAAAUACUUUCCGUUAUUCAAGUUUCAUCACAACCGCAGACUGCUAAAAAAUUCAGAAAUAUUCAGGGACCAAGCUUUUACUUUAAUACAACCACAAGUUCAACACCUUUGAGACAACAGUGUUUGACUAUAUGUAUAUUGUCUUGUGAUAGAAUGGAUAGCUGUGAUACGUUCCUUUGUUGCCUUUUUAAUAGCUGUGAAGGUGUGUUAUUUACUUGACUCUUUAUAGCUCUGAAGGUAUGUGAUGUCAAUCAUCAGAUUUUGUAAUAGCUGUGAUGGUGUAUGAUGUACUAUUGAACAUCCUCAGAUAUCAUGUGAUCAGUCCAAACACAUCAAAACUUCCCCCGCCAAGAUAUUGCUGGAAUAUUGCUAAAAGCGAUGUGAAACUAAACUCACUCACUCACU